UGUACACUGACAAUAGCGUCACAGCUUGUCUGAUCAAUGAUCUGAUUUUUUCCAAUUUCUCCCUCUGUCUUUUAUCUCGCCACUGGAAUCGAUGUCAACAAAAAUGCAGGCUCAUUUGUCUUUACAGACCCAACUCGCUUCCAUAAUGGACGUGCUUGCUAGAGCGGCCGUUGUCGAGAUCAGUCAACUCUUUUCCGAGAGCUCGGCUGAUUUACACUUGGAGAUUUCUCGCAGCUACAAAGACAACGAAGCGCUGAAGAUGAAGAUGAAAGGGAUGAAGAGCGAGCUUUUUUCCCUGCGGCUACAACGGGCGAGUACACCGCGGGGCAGUCGUUUUUCUUUUGGCAGAACUUUGUGCAAGCCUCGGGCAAAACUCACAGAUAAGACACCUGAGCGCCACGCGGCUGUUAACAACAGGGAUGACGCUUCUAUUACUACAAUAGGGGAAGAGGAGAGUCCAUCCACAGUCAAAAAAGAGUGUGCAGUUGUGGAGAGUCCAGAUGUCAUCUUGAUAAAGGAGGAGGAGGGAGCUGAGGAUGACUUUGGAGGAUGUUGGCCAGAUGCAGGUCAAGACAAUAUUGAUGGUGAGACUAUUACUAUGGCGACUCCACAGCUGGAACAUGCCAGCCAGAGACUAGGUCACGAUGAAGGGCCUUACAGCAUGAGCGCUCAUAGUCGAGGUGAAGGAGCUCUGUGCAGCGUGAGCAGUACUGAGAACUACCCUUUCUUCAGAACCCCAGAACAGCCCCAGAGAUUGCCCUCACACUCUGGUCUGCUGCCGGACCACACAAUCAGCCAUCAGAUACAGCUGAACACUCAUUCUAUUGGGGGACCACUGCCAGGCAGCCCUCCAAUGAGGGGGGUGCAAAGUGACAGAGGGGGUCAGCCGACAGGGGAUGCAGGAGGACGGGGUCUGAAAAUUGUUGAGGUAGCUUCCCUAGAAAACACCCCAAAGACCCCAACAACAACCUUGGCAACAGGCGGUGCGACUGUGAGGCGCCCUGGUCUUGUAAACCAGUUCCAGCGGCACCACGUACCCCACGGUACCAAGCCGUUGCUCUGUAGCGACUGUGGGAAGCGCUUCUCUCGCCGGCUUGACUUGAUCCGCCACCGGGCGGUCCACACAGGAGAGACGCCUGUCAUAUGCAACCUGUGCGGGAACUCGUUUGUCAACAAGACAACUCUGAGGGUCCAUAUGCGCAUCCACACAGGGGAGAAACCGUACAUGUGUUCCCUGUGUGGGAAGGGCUUCACCCAGAAAGGCAGUCUGACCAUCCACCUGAGGACCCACUCUGGGGAGAAACCCUACAGCUGCUCCCACUGUGGUGCCUCGUUCAACAACCACAGCAACCUGCGCAGACACAUGGUCACACACCUAGAGCAGGCAGGGACGCUGACACUCUGACACAUACACACUACCUCCCCGGUGGAGGUUUAGGUUCUUUCUUUCUUCAGCUCUCUCAUUCUCUCUCUGACUGUCUUCCUCUUGAUGUCUCACUUAGCCCCAGACUCUUCUCUCCCUGUCUCCCAUCUUCUUCUCCCUUUCUCUGGUCCACUGUUGUCCGCCUCCUCUCUGUUGUUUAUGUCUCUGAUCUAGAUGCACAUACUACUUAAAGGGGCAAUCAGCUGUUGAAACAAUAACAAAGCGUCCUCCCCACCCUUGUUUCAUGAAAAAGCUGAGGGAUGGGGCUGGAGAAAUGGAACCACUCUAAAAUCCAUAGCUAUGACUGACCAUGCAUCAAAUCAAAAUUUGACCAUGUUUUGAGGAUGUAUAGUGUUAGUUUACAUUUACUUUGUUUACAAACAUUGGAGUAAAACAAGCUUGUAUUUUGCGUGUCUUAUGGGGUGGACAGUUAAACUAAGCUCAUGGGGCAUUUGUAAGUUAUAUACUUAAAGAAUCAAUGGGUACAUAUCAUUCAUUUAUAAGUAAAACAUGUAUGUAGCAACUGCAGAUAUCCCCUUGAAAGUUACUGUAUGAAUAUUUUCAGUAAGUUUCCUACUCUGGCCCAAACGAAUAAACAGUGUUUUGAUAUGAAGGAAUGAAUGAACAAAUGUUUUUUUUUUUUCUAACUCACUGGCUGCACCAUAGUUAUUUUCCCCCUCGAGUGCG